AUGAAAUAUUUCACCAGCAGCCUGAAUUGUUUUCGUUGUGAAUUUAAAUAUAAAAAUUUGAAUUUUCGUUACAAUCAGCAGGAGGAAUUCUAUAAAUCGCAGUGGCAAAUCGGUGAAACAAGUUUAUGGUUCCUCAUCUAUCGCUGUCUGUGGGCCCUGAUUUUUCUCAUGAUAUUUUUGCUGUGUAUCGACAAUCAAUUCGAAAAUGGCAAAUAUUUUAUUUUCUAUACAAAUUGGGGAAUGAUGUUGUGUUUGGUAACGGAGUUGUUGGGUGCGAUACUGGCCCUGCAAUGGUAUUUUGAUGUAGCUGAGGUGAGAUCGUCUAUAUCGGAGGUGUCACAGACCUGUAAUAGUCCGAGAAUGGUGAGGGCAUAUUGGCUACUGCACGAUUUGGCAAUGCCCAUUGCAUCAGUGAUCACGACGGUCUAUUGGAUGUUUCUGCAUGGGAAGAUGAACAAACCACAUCGCUUUCCCGAACUAACGCUAAUAACGCACUGCUUCAAUUUACUAUUCAUGCUGGUGGACUUCGUAAUUGUUGCAUUUCCGGUCCGUUUGGUGCACACCAUCUAUGCCAUGCUAGUGCCGGUUGUCUACUUUUGCUUUAGUGCCAUCUACUAUCUAUGUGGCGGGACGGAUGAAAUCGGUAAUCAUUAUGUCUACCCCUUUUUGGAUUGGUCAGAGCCCCUGCAAUGUUUUCGUACCUUUGCUGGUAUUUUUCUGCUCUAUUGUAUUUUUUCAGUUCUGCUAUUUGGCCUGUACAAGCCAAAAGUUCCGUGCGGAUCGGAGUUGCUUGCAGUCAUGAAGGCCAUCAAAGAUAUUGUCCAUCCGGUUAAAAAGGAAUUUCGAAGAGAGAAAUGCGGUUUCGAGCACACACCGCCAGAUGAUUUUGUCAAGUCACAGUGGCAAAAUCGCACCAAGAGCAUCGUUUAUCUGCUGUAUCGCCUCUUCUUGGCCGGAUUCUUUAUUGCUGUGGUCAUCGAUUCGAUGAUCGAUCAUUAUUACAAUGCCAAUUUCGGGCUGUAUUUCAUCUACAUGACCAAUUGGGGCAUCCUAAUGUGCAUGUUGACAAAUAUAUUUGCAGCCAUAUUGGUGCUGAUAUGGCAUUAUCGUCCCGAGUAUGCAGAUAAAUUGUUAAAUUUGGAAUCCCUAACAAGCCCAUUCCGCAUCUAUUGGGGCAUGCACAUAACAACGCUGGUCGUAUCGAUUGUCAUUACGAUUAUCUAUUGGACCCUGCUGUAUGAUGUCCACGAAAGUAACCUGAAUGCCACCAACAUCCUCACUCACGUCUUCAAUUCGAUUUGCAUGUUCGUGGAUCUGCUGAUUGUGGCGCAUCCCUUGAGGCUGCUGCAUAUGUUUUUACCGGUCGUAUUCGGUAUUAUCUAUGCCAUUUUUUCGGCCAUAUACCAGCUGAGUGGGGGACAUAAUAUUAAGGGGAAGCCAUAUAUUUACCAUGUGGUCGAUUGGGAUAAACCGGUGAAUGCCACCUUGACCGUAAUCGCUGUCCUGCUGCUAUCCUGCGUCAUUUAUAUGCUGCUCUUUACAAUUUACAAAUUGAGAACAUUACUCUAUCGACGCAUCAACAAGGCCUCCUUUAUACUGCCCACAACCACACCACCUCCACCAAUUACCAAAAAGAAAGCCGGUACCGGAGUGAAACAUUCCUCGUCGGGCAUAUCAAUGGUGCUGGGCGAUUUUGAGGGCAAAACUAAUCCCGCCUUUUCACAGAGUUCUGAAAAUAUAAAUAAGAAAUAG